ACUGCAGCAGCCACGCAGGACUCACUACCAAUCACAAGGCGCCUUUGAGAACUUCAGGAUGCAGAUGACUCCAGUCCUCACCUGCCUCGCCCUGGGGCUGGCCCUCGUCUCCGGUGACGGGUCCUCCGUGCACCGUCCCCAGUCCCAGGUGGCCCAACUGGCCGCAGACUUCGGGGUGAAGGUGUUUCAGCGGGCGGCGGAGGCCUCCAAGGACCGCAACGUGGUCUUCUCGCCCUAUGGCGUGGCCUCGGUGCUGGCCAUGCUGCAGGUGAUGGCAGGAGGAGACACCCGGCAGCAGAUCCAAGUGGCCAUGGGAUUCAAGUCUGAUGAAAAGGGCACUGCCCUGGCCCUGCGCCGUCUGUACAAGGAGCUCAUGGGGCCGUGGAACAAGGAUGAGAUCAGCAUCACCGACGCCAUCUUCGUCCAGCGGGACCUGAAGCUGGUCCAGGGCUUCAUGCCCCGCUUCUUCAGGCUGUUCCAGAACAUGGUCAAGCAGGUGGACUUUUCAGAAGUGGACAGAGCCACAUUCAUCGUCAACGACUGGGUGAAGACUCACACGAAAGGCAUGAUCAGCGACUUACUUGGGGAAGGGGAUGUGGAUCAGCUGACGCGCCUGGUACUGGUGAACGCCCUCUACUUCAAAGGCUACUGGAAGACGCCCUUCCUCGACUCGAACACCCACCGCCGCCUCUUCCACAAGUCUGACGGCAGCACGAUCUCGGUACCCAUGAUGUCUCAGACCAACAAGUUCAACUGCACUGAGUUCACCACCCCCGACGGCCAUUACUACGACAUCGUGGAACUGCCCUACCACGGAGACACCCUCAGCAUGCUCAUCGCCGCCCCCUACGAAAAGGAGGUGCCUCUCUCUGCCCUCACCAGUAUCCUGAGCGCCCAGCUCAUCAGCCUUUGGAAAAGCAACAUGACCAGACUGCCCCGCCUCCUGGUUCUGCCCAAGUUCUCCCUGGAGACUGAAGUUAACCUCAGGGGGCCGCUGGAGAACUUGGGAAUGACCAACAUGUUCACACCAAGCCAGGCGGACUUCACGAGGCUCUCAGACCAAGAGUCCCUCCACGUGUCGCAGGCACUGCAGAAGGUGAAGAUCGAGGUGAACGAAAGCGGCACCGUGGCGUCCUCCUCCACAGCUGUUAUAGUCUCAUCCCGGAUGGCCCAUCAGGAGCUCAUCAUGGACAGACCCUUCCUCUUUGUGGUCCGGCACAAUCCCACAGGGACAGUCCUUUUCGUGGGCCAAGUGAUGGAGCCCUAACCGGGGGAAAGAAGCCUUCGUCUGGGACAAAACUGGAGACUAUUGGAAAAGAUGGAACUCCGAAGAAAAGAAUGUAAUGACUCUUUGGGGGGGGAAGAGAAGACAUUUGCCUUUUUUUGUAAGAUGGU